AUGAAAUCUAAAGCCUUUAGUUAGAGUUGUUCUAUUGAGGGAAGAUUAAGAGGUAUGAUGUAAAAUAGAUUUCAAAGCUCGUAGUUUGAAUGCGUCGUAUUAUUACGAAUUUGCUUAAGUACCUAAAAGUCGACUCUCUUAAGCUACAGUCAUAAAAACAGACGGCUAAGAGAAAUCGAGGAGAUUGCUCUUUCAUCAUAGAACAAUGCUGAUAGACAAACUCGUUUAGAGGGAUAAGAAAUCCCAAAAGUAACGAGUUUCUAGGAAUAAAAUGUAUGAAUUGAAGGAAUCCCAGUAACGGAGACUUAGCUGUCAUUGCAAUGAAUGUGGAAAAAGAUCAAAGAAAAUGAAUAAAUUUCACAAUAUAUUACCGAAAUCAGAAAAAUCCAUUAAAGAAUUCUGGUCCAGUUCAAAUUUACAACCAUAAUAAUAAUCUUUACUCACAACCUCAACAAAAUCAUUAAAGUCUACUACAACUCUCCUCUCUAUUGAUAUGAGUCCUCAUAAAAUCAGAUCCAAGAUCGAAAGUCCUAUUUAAAAGAGAUUGAACCCAAACUAUAAAUUAAUUUGCACGCCCUCUUUAAAUUUGAAACCAUAUCUUUGGGAACAAUCACCUUAAAAACAAGCUUGGGAACAAUCACCUUAAAAAUAAGCGAACCAACAUCUCCAAACAGACUCAACCCAAUUGAUUUUGAGACCCAUAUCACUCAGAGCCUCUGCCCCUAAUUUAGAAACAUUUGAUUAUUCAUCCAAACAUAGUAGUCCCAGACGAGGACAAUCCAAUUAGAAUAUAAAAUAAGAAAUCCAAGUAUUGACUCAAAGAAAUUUCUCCAAAAGAAUGAUUUAAACUUGUUAUUUAAAGACAUUCUCUGGUAUUCACCUUCGUAAUACCAUUCUGAGUACAAAAAAAGAAAUAAAGCAUUGA